CUCUCUCUUCAACCAUCAUCCCUCCCACUCUCCCUCCACAUUUCUGUGCUGCUCCAUCUCUUCUCAGACUUGUCGGGCUCUGUGGUGCAGCACAUUGAGGUGACCUCCUGCAGCUCCACAGCCAGACGAGACCACGCAGGAAGAAGCUGCUGCAUCAUUCAGCCUUGGCAGGAGGUUUCCUCUUUUUUUUAGUUUAAAGGUGGAUGGGACUUUUUCAACAUGCUUAAGUCUCUAUUUGUAUAUGGAGUGUUGGGAGUGAUGCUCAUUCCAGUAAAAUCUAAGCGUAUUACCGUGUGCGUGGAAGAUGAUGAGGAACUGAGAGUAGACUGUCUGAUCGAGCCCAAGCCUAAUAAAAUCAACACCUAUCAGUUCUCGUGGUCUAUCGGACCCAGGCAGGAGACCAUUAACACCAAUGUGUCCGGUGAUUCAGCAAAUAAGGAGUUCAAAGACAAAAGCAGAGUGGAGGAGCUGGAGCCCGUCGGCUACAGAAUGACGCUGUCAGACUUCAGAGAUAACCUCUCAGACAACACCACCUUCCUGUGCAAAAUAUCUGGGCAGGGUGAAAACAUCACUGUUCAGAAGGAUAAUAUUCUCAGCUGCUCAGCUGUAAGCCUGCUUCUGAAGAACUCCUGGUCCUGGAUGGUCUACCUGCUGCUUUUCUUCUAUCAUACACACAGCUAAGAAAGCUAUUUUACAGAAAACAUACAGGCUAGUGCACAAGCACACACAUCUAACCCAUCUCUGCUUUUUGUCUACGUCCACAAACAUCCCUUGCAUAAAAAACGCUGAACAACAUGCUGCACAGAUGUAACCGUCUCUCUCUGUCUAAUCUUUUCUUCCAAGAAGCACUGAAACAAUAUUGGAAUGUUUCCAGUAAUAAUGAUGACUCAGAUAUGGUUCAACAUAAAUAUUCAGUGAUUUGCUAUUUGUAUGCAUAAACACAGCUGUACUCUGGGUAUGUGGGUAAAUAUUACUGUGGAAGAUGCUGCAUUUGUUUCCUGUGUUUUCAAUAAAGAUACAACUUAAAACCUGA